AUGACUAUCGGCCUGAACUUGUCUAUGGGCCCACCUCAGUUGGCCCAUCUCCUAUGGAAGAAUCUCAACCUCUGGCGAAAGUUUGAAUUGGAGAGACUUGAGAGAUUGUACAGAGCUACAGUCAAUGCUGAGCAUAAAAUUCAUGUGAAUACGCAACACUCAAUCAAACACCAAGAGCCUGGCAUCCUCAAAUUAAUUUCUACCUACAACACACCCCAUUCUGCUGUUCCACCUCAUAUCAUCUUGCGUGAUGGCAUCUUUCAGCUUGACAUUGAUGACAACAUCUGGCAAGAUGUUGGACUGGAUGAUGACACUUUGAACCCUCCAGCGUGGCUAUCGGAUGACAUGGUCAGGAAUGGUAUCCGGUGGCAACUUGAAGUUGAUCGGUGCAAUGAGGAGGAGGCUCAACUGAUGCGGGAGAGGGCCGUCAUUCAAGAAUGGAUGUUAGCAGAGUGGGACAGUACACAAACUGCCUUGAAUAAAGCAGUCACAGAUCCAGUGAUGUCUUUCCACCUUGAGUCUCGCACAGAUGAACUUGUCAACAUCUGUGUCAUCUGGAGGAAAAAGGUUCAGUGUAUUCCGUGCGCGUGGCCUAUGAUUGAUGAUGAUGAGAGUUUGGAAGGAGAUAGAGAGGGUGAUUGUGAGAGUGACCUGGAGUAUGGUGAAAUUGAAGAUGAGGAACUGAUUGAUGCUAUUGAGGAGAUUGCAUUGGCGGAUGAAUAUAGGUAUGGCCAGAAUAAGGAGUUCGUGGAUGACUUGGAUGACUUGGAUGACUUGGAUGACUUGGAUGACAUUGGUGAUGACUUCAUGCCUUCUUCCCCUAUAAAAUCAUUACACAAGUGGCGCAACAUUUAA